AUGGCGGAGCAGCUCGCAAACCAGCUGAAGAUCGACAUCAACAAUGAGCCCGCUGUCCCUUCCAUUGCCGCUGUCUUCUUGGUCAACUUCGACCAUCGUAAAGGGUAUACAUUAGGAUGGCACAAGUCUAUCGACGAUCUCCAACUCGAGGGCGUCGUCGAGUUCAAGUCCCUACCCUCCGGCCUACACAACGUCGAGGAAGAUCUCGUAUACUUUAUCCACGAUGAAUAUGCCGGGCUCAGUGCAUUCAUCAAUCAACCCGACCAGCAGUCCGAUCGCGCUGCCCGAAUGUUGGCUGUCGGCAUUCUGGUUCCGUUGGAACGUGGUCGCAUAGGUCGGAGCUGGCGCCAUGCUGAGACUUUGAAGGAGCUCGCAAGGGCACAAAUCGACACUCCUACAAACACAACCGCGCUUGAAGAGUACUGGGAAAAAUACAGGCAGAAGCCCGAGGAGCGCACUCCCCAGACACCUCGGAAUCCUGCAGCGGAUGAUGCAUUGCAGCGACCGAAUGGGUACACUAAUUCCAGGAGCAUGUCCACCGGAACGACCUACAUCUCCUCACACCGUUCCCUGACUCCUCAUCAUCCCGCCCUAACUCUAAUGGACUCUGUAAAGCUAUUCGGUCCUCUCAUAUUCCCACUCUACCGGGCGGCGCUACUCCGCAAGCGCAUUCUGAUUGUGACAGACGCGCCAGUCGAAUUCGCCUGUAAUCUUGUAUAUAAUCUUUCCAUCUUGUCGUCCAUACCCAAACCAGUGCUGUCUGUCUUACCGGAGGCCGAUGUUCCCAUUAUCAGGCUGCGUCCCCUAUUCACGGUUGGCGUUAUGGAUAUUGCCAGAUUGGAGCAGGAGAAGGCGGCAGGGCCAAGCGGAAGCUUUAUCGCCUGCACGACAGACGAUGUAUUGGCUUCAAAACCUGACCUUUACGAUGUUCUUGUCCUCUUGCCCAAAUCUGAGGCACGGCAAGCGGCGACCCAAGUCUUUCCUCGUGUCGUUUUUUCGAGCCCGGAGUUGACCAAGGCUUUCCCAAGGGUUGGCAUCAAAGCUACCCGGCGAGAUGCUCAUCGGCUCUCGCAUCUGCUGACGACUCUACGCCUUUUGGAGCACAGUGAUGUUGCGGCAACAGACAGCGAUGUCUCAUCGGUCUUGUCGGCUUCGUCCUCAUAUUCGGUGAACAAGGAGGUGAUCGAGCCGUCAUCCUGGUCCCGGGUCGCUUAUAACUCCAUGGUUUGGUGGGCGUCCGCUGGAGACAGGCGCACUGGAUUUGGUGAAGGCGAGGAGAGUGAAAGCGAACGAGAUCAGGCGCUCAUGCACGGUCCAGAGGAAGAAAAUCAAACUCGGGAGGUUGCAGUGGUGGGGUUCUUCCAGCGCAUGACGGGUACAAUCUUCAACACACUGGCAUCCGCAAUUGCAAGAGUGGACGGCAACGACCAGAGCUCGGAGCGUUACCGGGAUGAGGAAGAGGAGGAGAGUGGCACAAGCCCGGUCGUGGAGUCUACGCAGGAGGAAAACCAAGCACUCCUGGCUAAUCAGAGUGAGAAGGCCGAGGUCGACAUCAACCACGAAGACAUGAUUGAGAUGUGCCUGGAUAGCUGGAGCGCGUCUGACAAGAAGUUUGUGGAAGAACUGGUGCAGCUCUGGUGGAAGCGGAAAGCAGUUGUGCGACCAGCAUCGAUUGAAUGCUGCGGGCUUCGGAUACUCUGA